GAGUACUCGAAUACAUUGGAUAUUGAAAGUACGACAAGCAAAGGCGUAAUAUUGACUACCACGUUACUUCUCUCCCAAUCCUAUUACAUCUUCUUUAAGUUUGUUAUUAUUUGGUUACCUGAAUAAAAUGACACUUUUGCGGCGUUUUAUUAAUACGUUUUGUUAAUUCUAUUUCUUCAUGGGAUGAACGCUCAGUCUAUUUACCACUUAGUUAUCUUAUUUGAAGAAACUAAAACGAAGUUGUCGAAAUCUAUUUCAUACAGAUCUCCGUCUUUACCCUAUCCAUUUGUUAUCCGAAAAUCACUCAAAAAGAGCAAGCACUGCAACUCAAAUACUUCAGAUACACAGGGUAGCAGACAAUUUAAUCAAAUUUCUGUGGAGACGUAUUCAAUGAAUAUUUCAGACUCAUUGGAUUCAGAUAAGGGUGAAGAGAUCAGUUUUUUUUCUGGCAAUCCAACGGUUGAGACCACUGAAGGUAUCAUACAUAUAUACAAAAAUCAGAGAGAAGUGCCACGAUGUAGUGCCAUUGUUACGAGCACUAUGCUCUGCUUCUUUUCCGUCCCAUCUCAUAUAACAGUCAAAGACUUAUUGAGGUUUAUUUCGCCCAUGCGUAAUGUAAUCGAAGAACUUAAAAUCGUUAAGGAUAGUACUCCGAAUCGGUAUAUGGCAUUGAUAAAGUUUCGGACACCUGAAGACACUGACCACUUUUAUGAUACCUACAAUAGCACCUCUUACAAUACUAUGGAACAGGAAGUCUGCCAACUGAUGUAUGUCUCACAUGUGGAGAUCACACACCCUUCUAUGGGCGUCGCAUUUCCUACCAAAGAUUUAAGAGAAUUACCUUCUUGUCCGGUGUGUCUGGAACGUCUGGAUGAACCAGUGCAAGGAAUAUUGACCACAAUUUUAUGUAACCACACAUUCCAUGAUGGAUGUAUAUCACAAGUAGAAGAUACUAUUUGUCCAGUUUGCCGUUAUGUUCAAUCGCCUGAGAUGCUUUCUGAUAGUCAGUGUGCAGAUUGUGAAAUAAGAGAAAACUUAUGGAUUUGCUUAAUAUGUGGUCAUGUUGGUUGUGGUCGUUAUGGACAAAAACAUGCUCAGUUGCAUUUCGAAGAAACAGGACAUACAUUUGCCUUAGAGCUUGGCAAAACAUUAGUAUGGGAUUAUGCUGACGAUGCAUAUGUUCAUCGACUAGCUGUUAAUCAUGAGGAUGGUAAAUUAGUCCAGGUUGGGCCUAAUAGUGAAACUGGUAACAAAAAACUAGAUGUGAUUAGCAUGGAAUUCAGUGCUAUUCUAACAAGUCAACUAGAAUCACAACGUGUGUACUUCGAGUCUCAACUGGACUUAAUAACUACCCAGUCAAAUAUGCGUCUUGAAGAAAUGGAAGCCAGUGUUGAAUCUGCCCUGUCCACUGCACGUGCCGCUGAAGAGAAACUCUCUGAAGUUCUGAAAGAAAAUGGAGUCAUCAGUCGUAAAUUGCAACAAGUAACAUUAUUAGCUCAACGUUUACAAAAAGAUUUAGAAGAAGAACGUGCUUUAAAUAAAAGUUUACUUAUGAAUGAAAAAACUUGGCGUGAAAGAACCGAGCGAGCAGAAUCCGAUGCGAAAACAGCUCGUGAAGAAUGUAGAGAAUUGUUAUUAAAUUUGGAGUUACGAGAUAAAUUAAAUGAAUUAGGCACAAAUAAAGAGCUGUCAAAAGAUGAACUUGAAACAUGUGAAAUCUCUUUACAACCUGGCAGUUCACAGAAAUCAAAUCGACGAAGACGUAAACGCUAACUCUAAAUAGAGCAGAAAAGGCUCUUGUCAGAUGAUGAAUAAAAAAAAAUGCACCAUUUCUUAUUCUAAUUGCAACAACAUUCAUAUCUUGUUGCUUGACUCUUUCUAUCAUUCGCUGUCAUCUUCAACAAAAGAGCACACACACACACAUCUAUAUGUAUGUAU